UGCUCAGGGGGCUGGGGAGUUGCACGUGGGUGCUGGACCCGAGCGCUGUGCGGGUGUUGGGGGGUUGUGAGUGGGUGCGGGGGGUGCGCACAGCCGUGCCCCACUGCACACGCUUGUGCUGCGCUGGGAGCACUGGGACUGGGGGACUGGGGACACUGGGAUGGGCACGUUGGGGCAGGGUCGCUGGGGAUACUGGGAUGGGGAUACUAGGACACUGGGAGGGGGGCACUGGGAGCACUGGGACUGGGGUCCUGGGGACGCUGGGAUGGGCACGUUGGGGCAGGGUCACUGGAGAUACUGGGACGGGGAUACCAGGACACUGGGAGGGGGGCACUGGAAGGACUGGGAGGGGGCGCUGGGAGCACUGUCCCCACAGUGGCGGGUGUCCCCAGGGCUGCUCUGUGCCCCCCCCCCCCGUGCCUCAGUUUCCGGUGCCGAGACCAGCCCCUGGCAGCCCCGGGGGGCCGGUGCCCGUGGCCAUGCUGGGGGUCCCGCUGCCCUUCAUCCUCCUCCUCCUCCUCGCCGGGGGGGCGGCACAAUCCUUCCCGCGGGACCUGGUGCCGCGCAGCACCGUGGGGCUGGCAGCCACCGCCGCCUACCCCCGCUUCGGUGGCCUGGGGGGGGCCAACGGCACGGCCCAGCUCGGCCUCGACUUCCAGCGCAUGCUGCGCCUCAACGGCACCCUCUUCGUCGCCGCCCGGGACCACAUCUAUGCCUUCAACCUGGGGCAGGACAAGGGGAUGCUGUACCCCGAGCGGUACCUCACCUGGGAGUCACGGGACAGGGAGAACUGCGCCAUGCGGGGCCGGCUGCAGGAUGAGUGCCACAACUACAUCAGGGUGCUGGUGCACCGCGACGCUGGCACCCUCCUGGCCUGCGGCACCAACGCCUUCAGCCCCCUCUGCCGCACCUACCAGGUGAGCAGCCUGGCGCAGGAGGGCGAGGAGGUGAGCGGCCAGGCCCGGUGCCCCUUCGACGCCAAGCAGAGCAUCGUCGCCCUCUUCGUCGACGGCAGCCUGUACUCAGCCACGGUGGCCGACUUCCAAGCCAGCGACGCCGUCAUCUACCGCAGCCUCAGCCCCGGCCGCCCCCCCCUGCGCACCCUCAAGUACAGCUCCCGCUGGCUGCAGGAGCCCCACUUCGUCCAGGCGCUGCCCUACGGCCCCUACGUCUACUUCUUCUUCAGGGAGGUCGCCGUGGAGCUCAGUGCCCUGGGCAAGGUGGCGGUGGCACGGGUGGCGCGGGUGUGCCGCAACGACCGGGGGGGCUCCCCGCGGGUGCUGGAGCGGCGCUGGACGUCCUUCCUGAAGGUGCGGCUGCAGUGCGCCGUCCCCGGCGAUGCCAUCUUCUACUUCGACGUCCUGGAGGCGGUGACACCCCCCCGGGCCCUGCACGGGCGCCCCGCCGUCCUCGCCCUCUUCGGCACCCAGCCCAACAGCAUCCCUGGCUCAGCCGUCUGCGCCUUCUACCUGGCGGACGUGGAGCGGGCGUUCGAGGGACCCUUCGCCGAGCCCCGCGGUGCCUCCAGCACCUGGAUGCCGGUGCCCGAGGACAGGGUGCCCCGACCCAGGCCGGGAUGCUGCGCUGGGAUGGGACCGGCCGCCGGCAUUGUCACCUCUGGGGACUUCCCCGACGAGACGUUGGCCUUCGCCAAGGAGCACCCACUGCUGCACGGCGCCGUGGCACCCGCCGGCGGGCGGCCGCUCUUCACCCGCACUGGCACCAGGUGCACACCCGGGGUGGGUGGCCGUGGGGACAGGGUGGCCGCGGGGACGAGGGGUGGCUCAUGCGAGGAGGGUGCGGGGUGCACAGGCUGGGGAGGGUGCAGCCGGUCCCAUGGGUGCUGCAGGGUGGGGAGGCUGCAGGGUGCCGACGGGUGCUGUGGGGGGCCGUGGGUCCUGGGGUGCCGUCACAAUGGGUGCUCCUGGGGGGGCAGAUGCCAGGGGCCGCAGGGCGCCAGCCGGGUGCUGGGGCUGGAGCUGCACCCGCCGGGCCAGGAGCUCUACGUCGCCUUCGCCGGGUGCCUGGUGCGUCUGCCCCUGAGCCGCUGCGCCCGGCACGGCGCCUGCCGCAGGAGCUGCCUGGCCGCCCGUGACCCCUACUGUGUCUGGCUGCCCCGCCAGGGCUGCGUCCCCUUCUCCGAGGACCUUCCGAACGGCUUCAAGCAGGACGUGGAGGGCUACCCCGGGACCGCUGGGACCUGCCAAGAUGCACCAGCCGUGGGGGACAGCGACGGGGACAGAGACUUGGCCCAUGGGGUGCGCCAGCCCGGGCCGGGGGCCGCAGCGGCGGUGCCGGUGCCGGUGCUGGUGGGCUGCGUGCUGGGCGCCUUCGCCCUGGGCGCCCUGGCUGCUGGGCUGCUGGCGGCCUGCUGCCGCCGCCCCGCCGCCCCCAAGGGACCCCCGGAGCCCCCUGCCGCCGCCCCACGGCCCCCGCCAGCCACCUGCCCCCGCCUCUACCCCCUGCUGCCACCCCAGGGCGGGGCUGGGGGCCUGCGGGACCCCCCCGAGCUGCCCACGCCGGAGGCCACCCCACGGCCACCUGCCAAGGCACUCUGGGAGCGGGUGACGGAGCCCCGGCCCCCCCGGCCAGGACCCCCGCCCAAGGCCACCCUGGAAGAGAUGCUGCAGCGGCUGCACGGGACGGGGGGCUCGGGGUGGCCGGUGACCCCCCCGGGCACCAGCUCCUUCGCCAACCGGGUGCAGCCGGGCACCCCGUUCUCCAGCCUCCCCCCGGCCCCCCGCGACGGGACGCCCCGCCGGCUGGACGUGCCCCCCGACAGCCCCCCGCCCCCGGCGGCCCCUGGCACAGAGACACUCGCUCGGGGGGACGCCUGCGAGACCACCUGGCCUGGCCCGCGGGCUCACCCGCAUGCACUCGCUGGGGACCCCGGGGGGGCCAGCCUGGGGCCCCCGGCCCGGCACCCUGGAGCGCUCCCUCUCCAUGAAGCCCCCCGUGCUGCCCAAGCCCCUGAUGGUGCCAGCAGCCCCCGGGCGGCCCUGAGCCCCCCAGCACCCAUGGGACACCCCUGCUGCGGCUGGCGGGGGGCCCCCCAGCCAUCCCCUGGGUGGCAGGACCCCCGCCUCCCUGGUGGCACGCGGGUCCCCCCAUCCCCAGACUGGCCCCCACCGGGGUGACAAGGGUCCCCAUGUGCCAGCCUGGCAUGACAAGGCUUUUCUUUUUCUUUUUUUUUUUUUUUAAUCCUAAUUUAUUUAACUGGGGGGGGGGAGGGGGGAGCCACCGCCAACCCCCCGGGGGACAUGUGACACAGCAGCUCUCCAUGCCGGAGCUCAGCUUAUCCUACCAUGUAGGACCAAGGCUAGGGACAAGAGGGGGACAAGGGGGGGGAAGGUGCCACCGGACCCCCUCGGGGCCAGCCCAGCGUGGUGGCCCUGGGGUAUCCCCACAGUGGCACAGGGGAUAGGAAGGGCCUGGCGAUGCGCUGGCUUAGCAGGGACAGGGCUGACACCAGGGGUAAAGCAUAGCUGCUCCCCAAGGUUGUGCUAUUUUAUUAAGAAACAUAUUAAAAAAAAAGUUUUUAUA